CCAAAGUCCAAGUCUUCAAAGAGGAUUUGAUCACAAACAAACAGAAUACACACAGUUGCAUAUCAGAGACAGAGAGAAAAGGAUGUGGAUUCCUUUAGUCAUAGCAACAACCUUUCUACUAAAUGCUCCAGCGUUGGGUGGAGUGAAGGACCUCGGUUCACACUUCAGCUUCUAUGAAAAAAAUAAUGCAAUGGCUAUUAAUUCACAGUCACUUCCAAAGGUUGAUGACAACCAACAGAUGGAGUCUGUGUCUCCAGACUUCCAUCAAAAUAACACAAUCACCAAAGAUUUGCCACUGGAAGGACUCGAAGAGGAGGAUUACAUUGAUUUUGAUAAGAUAUUGGAAGGAGAUGAUGACUACACUGAAGGUGAUGCAGUGGAUGAAAUUACCACACCUGAGCCAGACCCUAAGUUUGUCUCAGGAUUGUCUGACCCUAAAAUGUGCCAAGCAUGUCUCUUAAGACUCUUUCAUGGUCGAACACGGCUUCAGCGCAUUAAUGUGGUCAAUGCUUUUUUUGGAUUUCGCCUCUAUCGAAGCCUCCGCAACCAAGUGAAUCAAACAGAUAAUAUCCUGCUGGCACCUGCUGGAAUCUCCAUUACUAUGGGAAUGAUUGCACUGGCUGUCGGUUCUACUACACACAAGCAGCUCUACCAAGCAUUAGGCUUUGCUGAAUUUAUAAAUGCAAGCAUACAUUAUAAUGAUUCCACUGUGCACAAGCUUUUCAGCAAACUUACACACCGACUCUUCAGGCGGAACUUUGGAUACACAUUACGAUCUGUCAAUGACUUUUACAUCAAGCAUACUGUUCUCAUGUCAGAGAACUUCCGUAGUCAGGCAAAGGCAUACUAUUUUGCUGAGCCUCAAUCUGUGGAUUUUAGAGACCCAUCAUUCCUUGUGAAAGCAAACCAGCGUAUUCAGAAAAUGACCAAAGGCCUGAUCAAGGAACCACUUAAAAGUGUUGACCCCAACAUGGCGGUAAUACUUUUAAACUACCUGUAUUUUAAAGGAACAUGGGAGCAGAAGUUUCCAGAGGAGCUGACCCAUUACCGUAAUUUCCGUGUGAAUGAGAAGCAUCAGGUUCGUGUGCCCAUGAUGCAGAAUAAGGGUUCAUACCUGGCUGCAGUCGACCAUGAGCUGAACUGUGAUGUCCUACAGCUGGCCUACAAGGGAAACAUAAGCAUGCUCAUUGCUAUGCCUCAGAAAUUUUCUGGUAUGAAAUUUCUUGAACAAGAGGUCUCCCCUACUGUAAUUAACAAAUGGCUCAACAAUAUGACCAACAGAACUCGUGAGGUGGUGUUCCCACGAUUUAAGCUGGAGCAGAACUAUGAUUUGGUCAGCCACUUAAAGCAGUUGGGUCUAACUGACCUCUUCACAGAAAAGGGUGACUUCUCUCCUAUGGCAACUGAGAAGGUCUCUGUCAACUGGUUUAAGCACCAAAGUGCCAUAACAGUAAAUGAGGAGGGCACUGAAGGUGCAGCACUGACUCAUGUUGGUUUUAUGCCUCUGUCAACACAGACACGCUUCAUUGUGGAUCGUCCCUUUCUGUUUUUCAUCUAUGAACAUCGCACUGACUGUCUUAUCUUUAUGGGACGUGUUGCAGACCCAUCAAAAAAUUAAUUUUCUAUACACAAGGAUGCUAGCUUUAACUGCAUAGUAAAUUAAGCACUGUAAAAAGUGUACUGCCAAGAUCACUAAUGCAGAAUCUAAAUCAGAAAAGCGGCACAAUAUUGUGUUACAUUAUAAAUGACAUAAUUGAUAUUGAUUUUCACUUUUUAAAUAAGUAUAAAUAACAUGAAAAAGUAGCAUUAAAUAUUUAAAGCAUUAUAACAUUUUUGUUGUUUUCUUUCAUAUGUUGAGGUUGUAAACAUAUAAAACACAGCUACAGUACAUAAAUUGAGAAAACAAUGAUUUUUAAUAAUUACUAUUACUAUUUUGUUUAUGUUUAAAUGUUAUGGUCUUUUAUCAGUGAUUAAAGAAUCAAGAAGUAAAAAACAUAUUCCCCCCACCUUUGAUACCCUAAAUAUCCUGAUAGUGACAAUAGAAAUCUUAAUAAAUAUAAACUACAUUCA